UCAUUUUCUUAACAGUUUUAUCAUGGACAAGCGGGAGCAUUCUCCGGGCGUAGAAAGUGACAUUUUGCUGAUUCACGAUCCGAUUCCCAUCGAAGCGGAGUGUAAUGUGCAAGUUAUUUCAUCACAUUCCCAGGAAAAGCUGAUUUCAGAUCCGGUGAAUUUGGCAGCAGACGUAAAAUAUGAGGAUCGUCAAGCGAAAUUCGAAGAAGCUCCCGGACUCGGAUAUUUAGUUUACAAUGACUGGAACGUAGAAGAUUAUAGAAACCCCUUCGAAACCGAUGAACAUUGGGAGCUACGCCGAAAGUUUAUGGAACAGCAUAAAAGUGCUAUUCCAGAGGAUGAGCUAGUUCCGUUGUCACACACGUUUUCUAACACGGUACUGUUGAGGGCCGUAUAUAGUGAGGAACUUACAGCAAGAUUGAGCUUGCUAGGUGGAACAAUAGCAAAAGAAUACCACGACUCCAAAAGUCACAACGUAAGAAAGUUUACAAUAUCAGCAUCGGAGGCUGCUAUUGAUUGGAGGCGGCAGAUUUCUGUAGGCCAAAAGAUAGCACAGCGUAAGCAACUGGCUGCGCAAAUGCUGCAACCACUGAUACCCAUCACUUCGAUUGAAGAUGUGUUCCAGAAUUUUAUUCUUCUGGAUGAUGACUUGGACGAAAGCGGAAGGGAAUUUGGUUUGCUCAAUUGCGGAUUAUUCGUAUUUCGCUUCCAGACACAAACGCGUAGACAGUGGGAAGCCACCAUUACGGUGGCUGGAUAUCAGCUUAGCAAAUCUGUCGGUGCGAAAAAGAAAGCUAAACUUAAGUGUAGAGAAGAUGCUUUGAAGUUGCUGAGAAAAAAGUGUUAUAAAAUUAAAACUAAUGUUAAUCGCUGCUGGGACAAUUGUAACGUGGAACGUCUGGAAUCAACUGAAGAUUUGGAUUUGAAUGGAAAUCCGUUCCGAAGAAGUUCUAAGCCCCAAGCGUCGAAAGAUCAGCUGAAAGAAGAUAACAUUGGCUUUCAAAUGUUGAGAAAACUUGGUUGGGGUGGUGGGCCGCUUGGAAAACACAAAGAUGGUAUAGUAGAUCCGAUCGAAGUUCAAGCCAAACGUGGUAGGAAAGGAUUUGGAUUGCCACAGCUUACGCCAACAUCGUCCACCAGUGGAACCAAAUAUCCAAACGAUUUUUUAACGGACGGUUUUAAUUUACAAAACGAAGCUUUUCGAAUUGAUGUAAAUUUUUACCAGGAUUUGAUGCAAAACUUUAGGGCACGAAGGCUAGGAUACGACCUGGUAUUUUCUGUGGAAUUCACCGAAAUCGAAAGAGCUUUGCUAUGCAAGAUAGCAGCUGAUUUGAAUUUGCAGUGUAUGACCAUCACUUACGACUACGAGCUUUAUCAGUUCGUUUUGUUGAAACAUCGAAUAUCACCCCAUGACUUGCUGGUGAAAAUUCUAGUGGAAAAACACCCUAUUUACAGUACGCUGUAUACAGUGGAUCCUCCGGAUGAAGAUAUAGCUAGGCAUAAUAAGUUGCUAGAGCUGUGCUCUAGGUAG